CAACAAUCGCAUUAACUGUAUUUCUACACCACCAUGGCGCAACACACAUAAAACAUCGGGCCCUUCAACGCCUGCACAAACAAUGGACGACUCCCCACGCUCCGCAAAACGGAGAAAGCUCGAUACGCCGAAUCGCAACGGUACCGGCACGCCUACACAGAGCUCGACGAACAAGACACCCGCAAGGCUCUCUCGAUCAGCAGCGAAGGCAAAAGGGGAAGCUCUUCCGGAUGUAUGGCAGGACACGACACGAAGGCGCAAGCCAAAGGACCAGCGCAGUGGCGCACCAGCGAAGCCUGCAGCGAUAGAGGAGGAGGAAGACAUCUUCGACGAUAUCGAAGGGGCGCUGGGGGUAGCUAAACCGCCCGCGACAAAGAACCGCCCGGCAAAGGCAGCGUCAAAAGAAGACACAACAACCGCAGACGAGCUGCAAGAGCCUUCUAAGACCCCAAAACGAGGCAGAUUACGUUCCACCAAGAAUGUCCAGAGCGCAAGCCGCAGCGCUUUCAAAGACUUGGUUAGCAGCUACAAACAUGAGGAGGACCCAGAUACAGAUACUCAGGAUGAGCUUGCCGAAGCUGCAACACCUUCAAAGCGAACAAAGACGCCUCGUUUGGCCGCGCGUAAGACACCGGCUGCAAGGUCGACUGGGCGGAAGAAGAAGGAACUGAGUCCUGAAGAUGAGGAAGAGGAGGUUGAUAUGAUGGAAGCCAUUGCUGUCACACUCUCAAAAUCGAAACGACGAAGCAAACCAACACCGUCACGCACAGAAAUAUCAGAUACCGAAGAUGAGCUAGCGAAGCGCCCUCCACCGAGUACCACCAAGAAGGCCGCAGAAAGGCGCCGACAAAACCGUGCCGACCACACCAACAAUCGAUAUGAUGUCGAAAGCUCGCCUGUACUAGAGCUUGCCCAAGACGACGACGAUAUGGAGGUGGAUGGCAACAGCAUACUGGAGAGCGUGCUCGACCCAACUGAACCAAGUCCUUUCAAUAAGCCUCCCUCGGCCCAGAAGGUAGGGCCGGCGUCUGCCAUCAUAUACGGCAAUCUUCCAGCGGGUCGCGAGUUGGACCUGCUGAAGACCAUCGUCAUGGAGCGCAUCACUGGCAAACGUCCUUCACCCCUGGUUGGUCUGGAUGAAGAGUACAGGUCCGUCCACCAGCUUGUCGAGCACACUGUCACAGCAGGGGAGGGCAACUCGCUGCUUCUGAUCGGAGCACGAGGGAGCGGCAAGACAGCACUUGUGAACAAAGUCUUGUCAGAAGUAUCGAAGGACAAUGCUCAGGACUAUCACGUCAUAAGACUGAACGGGUUCAUCCACACAGACGACAAGAUUGCACUACGCGAGGUCUGGCGACAACUGGGCAAAGAGAUGGAUGUUGAGGAGGAUGGCAGCGGCCCGGGCAAGAACUAUGCUGAUACCCUUCAAACACUUCUCGCGCUACUGUCGCAUCCGUCAGAACAAACAGGAGAGCAUACAGACCAUGUAGCUCAGGCAGUCAUCUUCAUCAUGGACGAGUUUGAUUUGUUCGCCCAACAUCCGCGUCAGACUCUGCUGUAUAAUCUGUUCGAUAUUGCGCAGUCACGUAAGGCGCCUAUUGCUGUGCUGGGCCUGACAACCCGGAUCGACGUCACGAAUAGCUUGGAGAAGCGGGUCAAGAGUCGUUUCAGCCAUCGCUACGUACACCUGAGUCUCGCAAAGAGCUUCACAGCCUUUCAAGAGAUUUGCAAAGCUUGUCUAACCAUCCAACCCGAUCAACUGAGCCUUGAGGAGAGAGGCAUACUGGGAGGCGGCACCAAAACCACUCCUGCAAAGAAGUCGAAGAAAGGCCCAACGAUUGAUGUUCUCGGCGAAUGGAACGCCAACAUCGAGAAACUCUUCGCAACCCCCUCCUUCCUCACAAUCCACCUCGCCCCAACCUUCCACCUCACAAAAUCCAUCCCAUCAGCCCUGACCUCCUUCCUCCUCCCCACCACCACCCUCGCCCCCAACACGGCCUUCACACCGACCCUCUCCCUCGCUCCACCAGACUCAAAACUCUUCCUUCUUCCCUCCCUCUCAACCCUCUCCCUCUCUCUCCUCAUCGCCACAGCCCGCCUAGACAUCAUCCACGACUCGGAUACCUGCAACUUCAACAUGGCGUACGACGAGUACAUCACGCUCGCAUCCAAGGCGCGCAUACAGUCUGCCGCGGGCGGGCUGAGCGCUAGUGGGAGUUUGAGUAAAGUGUGGGGUAAGGACGUUGCGAGGCGCGAGUGGGAGGGGUUAGUGGAGUUGGGGUUUGUGAUGCCGGUGGUGGCGGGGCAGAGUGGUGGGUUUGGGAUGUGUAGGUGUGAUGUUAGUCUUGAGGAGAUUGGGGAGGUGUUGAGGGGAGUGAAGGGGGACAAGGGGUUGGAGAGGUGGUGUAGGGUCAUUUGAGCGCUUUCAGAGCAGCGUGUUGAAUGCAAUACAUCAAGAGAUGGGUAUGUUUACGCUAAGCCUGACGGCAGCAGUAUCAGGACAACAGCUCAACACAGCCUCGUCAACAUUACUACCUGUGUGCGCGUUUUGAUCUGCUUUACCAUGCGUAGAAAGAGCAGCUUUGUUGCAAUGUCCGC